UAGUUUUGAGGCAGGAUGGGCGGCUCCAACGUCCAGCCUCCCUACCGCCCGUUGCGCCGCAGGAUGGGGGAGGGGCACUGUACCCCCCACCCCACCCCCGACGGUCCCUGGGCCACCCCAGAUCUUGCACUCCUACUGCUGGGCUGCUUUCAGCUUCCUCGUCAAAGCUUCCUGAAGGCGCCAGCUGAACCCGGCCCCUUCCUGCCUCGCUGUCCCCCUCCUCUCCGAUUGCAUGUUCACACUUCUCUUGCGCUCGGCCACCCAACUCAGCCCGGGAAGACCCUGAAGGGCCGGGAUGCCCCUCUCGGGCCUCCUCCGAGGCUGGGACCAGAUUUGGCCUCUUGCUGGACACAAGGGGCUCCUGGGAGAGGAGCAGUGAGAACGAGCAGCCCACCGCCAGAACCCCCACCCCCACCCCUGCCUUUGGGUGGACUCACCACGGAGGCUCAAGGAGACCCCUUUCUGUUCCCUCCAGACCAUCUUAGGAUGAUGGCUUACCGUUACUCCCUGCUGUUGCUGUGGCUGCAGCUGGACCGAGCCCUGUUGCUCCGCUCCAAGGACCCCAACGUCUGCAGCUACUGGGAGAGUUUCACCACCGUCUCCAAAGAGUCCUUCGUGCAGCCCUUCGUCCAGGAAUCCAAGGAGCCCUGCAAAAGCCCAGCGUGGCUACGGGCAAAGACCUGCCCUCAGUACAGAGUCCUGUACAAGACAGCCUACCGGCAAGGUGUCAAAGUAGACUACCGAAGGCGCCAUCAGUGUUGUGAGGGGUUCUACGAGAGCAGUGACACCUGUGUCCCUCGGUGUGCCCAGGAGUGCGUGCAUGGCCGGUGUGUGGCUCCAGACCAGUGUCAGUGCGAGCAAGGCUGGAGGGGCACAGACUGCUCCAGUGAGUGCAACGACCAAUCCUGGGGGCCCGACUGCCAAAGCCCCUGCACGUGUUUGAAUGGAGGCAGCUGUGACCCCCUGACUGGGGCCUGUGCUUGUCCCCCUGGCUACUUUGGGCAGGAGUGCCAAGAGCCCUGUGCCACAGGGACCUACGGCCAAGGAUGCCGGUUGGAUUGUCAUUGCCAGGACAGAGCGGGCUGCGACCCCGUGAACGGCGCCUGUCUCUGCUCUCCUGGCUACACAGGGCCACACUGCGAGAUCCUCUGUCCCAACAGCACCCACGGAUUCCAGUGCCCAGCCUACUGCCCCUGCCAGAACGGGGGAGUCUGCCACCUUUCCUCCUCCAGCAAAUGUGCCUGCCCUCCUGGAUGGAUGGGUGACAUCUGCUCCACCCGGUGCCCCACUGGGCGUUUUGGUUCCAGCUGCCAGGGAGAGUGUCGGUGCCACAAUGGAGGCCAGUGUGAUCCUGAUUCGGGCCAGUGCCGGUGUAUGCCAGGCUACCUGGGAGAGGAAUGCCGCGAGAAGUGUCCCAUUGGCAAAUAUGGGCAGGACUGCCACGAGACCUGCGACUGCACCAACGGGGGCCAUUGUUUUCACAUCAGUGGGGGCUGCUUGUGUGAAGCCGGGUUCUAUGGCAGCCACUGCGAGGAGCGGAAAUGUCUCCCCGGGCUGUACGGCCUCAGCUGCCAGUUUCCUUGUCUCUGUGAUCCUCAGCACAUGCAGAGCUGUCACCCCAUCUCUGGAGAAUGCACCUGCAAGGCAGGAUGGGCCGGCCUGUACUGCAACGAGACGUGUCCCCAUGGAUCCCACGGCCUCAGAUGCCAGGAUCCCUGCCUGUGCCUGAACGGGGGCACUUGUGAUGGCGAGACAGGGCACUGCAGCUGCCCACCAGGCUAUACAGACAAGCACUGUUCCAGCCCCUGCCUGGAUGACACUUUUGGGGUGAACUGCUCUCAGGAGUGCAGCUGCCAUAACGCCCUGGGCUGUUCUCUCGUGGAUGGGACCUGUUUCUGCAAGGAAGGCUGGCAGGGAGUGGACUGUUCUGCCCCCUGCUCUUCAGGCACCUGGGGGGGCGGUUGCAACCAAACCUGCCUCUGUGCCAACGGAGCAACCUGUGAUCCCAUUGAUGGAGGAUGCACCUGCGUGGCUGGGUGGCAAGGCAGCCAGUGCACGCAGCCAUGCCCGGGCUGGUCCUACGGCCUGGGAUGCAGUCGGAAGUGUUCCUGUGAAAACGCUGCUGGCUGCGACCCCGUCACUGGACAAUGCCACUGCCUGCCUGGAUGGAAAGGACCCCGAUGCAGCCAGCUGUGUGCGGAGGGCCUGUGGGGGGAGCAGUGCCGCCAGCUGUGCUCCUGCAAGAAUGGGGCCAGCUGUUCCUCCAAGGAUGGCAUCUGUGAGUGCGCCCCAGGCUUCCGGGGGCCCAACUGCCAACGGCCCUGCCAACCGGGCCGUUAUGGCAAGAAGUGCUCCGUGCCCUGCAAGUGUGCCAAUCACUCCAUCUGCCACCCCGUGGACGGCUCCUGUGACUGUCCGCCCGGCUGGACGGGCAGCGAUUGCGCAAAACGCUGUAGUUCCGGCUUCUUUGGCAACAACUGCACCUCCCGGUGCCACUGCCAGCACGGGGCCCUCUGUGACCCAGGCACAGGGUCCUGCUUGUGCCCCUCAGGCUACACCGGUGCCCACUGUGAGACUGGCCGCCCCGAUCACCCCCUCACCAUGGUUCCCGCCUCGCCAGCUGCCAACCCUUCCUUGGGGGCCGUGAUUGGCAUCAUCAUCCUGGCUGCUUUGCUGGCAGCCGUGCUGGUCCUUUUCUUUUGCUACCGGCGGUGUCAGAAGGAGAAGGAGAAGCGACAUGUCUCUGUGGGCUACACCACAGGCAGGACGGACAGUUCGGAGUAUGUCGUCCCUGAUGUGCCCCCCAAUUACACCCAUUAUUAUUCGAACCCCAGUUACCACACCCUCUCGCCCUGCUCCCCCAGCUUCACCAUCCCAAGCAGCUCCAAUCAGCCUGGCAAGAGUCUGGAGCGGGACUGGUCAGGACUCUACGGGGCCGACUGUAACGCCACUCUGCCCAGUGACUGGAAGCACCGCCAGGGGAGCCCAGCCCACGGGGGAGGCUACCUGGACCGGAGCUGCAGCUACACGGAUGGCCUCGGAAAAUACCGCUGCCAAGUGCACACCAAGGAUGCCCCCUGGGGGCACAGCGACAGCUCCCUCUGCAGCGAGAAUCCCUACGCCACCAUCAAGGACUACCCGGGCCCUGCGGGGAAGGCGCCGGAGGCCAGCUACAUGGAGAUGAAAUCUCCCCCUUCCUCCAAGCGGGAGAAGUCCUACGCGGAGAUCAGCCUCUUCGAGGACCCCUCCUGCGGCUCUGAGAUCAAGGAAGAGGAAGGCACAGCCGCAGCGGAAGGCGUCUUGCAGGCGACUCCAGCCAUGCCCCCCAACCACUACGAUUCCCCCAAAAACAGCCACAUCCCCAGCCACUACGAUGUGCCCCCAGUCCGGCACUACCCACCGUCCCCUCCACUCCGAAGACAAGCCCGGUGAGGCUUCUGCCUGCUCGCCGCUGCCUCUCCCAAAUGACCCACCUGGGAAGACUGAGGGCCAGGAUGAUGGGGGCAUUCUGGCCAAGAUUAACAAUGGAAUACCGGGGGGGGGGGGGGGGAGAAAGCCUCCAUGAAGAGGGCCAGCGGACGAGACCUGGCCAGACUUUGGAUGUUGGGGAGCUCCGAAGAGAAGGUGGAGCAAGCCCUUGGCCUGGACUCUGCACCCCUGUUCUCCCCAUCUCCCCCCUUUGCCCAAAGGAAAAGCUUUGUCCCUCCAUGAAAAGCUACAAGUGGCUGGGUGGGGCAUCGCAGGAAGACACAGGCCUGCAGCUUCCUUCUGGCCAAGGAGAAAGGCCACUGGCCUCUCGGACUCCCCACUAUUUGCAUUCAGUAAAGGAAACCCAGAGGUCUCCCAUGGCAGCCCUCAGCAUGGGGGCAGAGCUGAGCCAGGAGGGGUCCUUGUCUCACUUGGCUGGCCAAAGAGAGCAUUUGGAGGAGGGGAGUCCCCAAGGGGGCUUCUGCUGUUUGGGGGUCCCUUCAGCAGCUUAAUAAAAACUUUGGGGUGUUUGUCCUU